AUGAGCCCUGAUACCAACGACACGCCCAAAUGGGCGCAGGGCGAGUCGUUCAGGAGGCGGGGUAAACGCGAGGUGGCCGAGUCCUUCAUAGAACAGCUCCGGAAGCGGGAAGGUUUCGAUGUGGACGCCCCGGGGUUCAUCCAGGGGGUCCUGGAGCACUUCGACAGCCUGCCGUCGAGGUAUGCCUUCGACGUCAACAUCGAGUCCCUGGAUGUGCUCAACCACAAGCGGCUGCUGGACAGUGCACGCGCUGAACCCAGCGCGGUGAGCUUCCAGGUCCGGCCCGUCGACGUGAUAACGGGAACCGGCAUCGCAGGCCGAGUGCCGUCCAACAGCUUCCUGACCGAGGGCUCCUUCGAGGCCCUGGUGCUGGAGGCGGAGGAGCGGAUGGAGGCGCAGGCCUCCAGCAACGUGCACGCCAGCCUGUCGGCCGCCGCCGUCUUCUACGAGGUGACCAUCGCCUCCAUCGACCAGCCCAAACUGCUCAGCCGGCUCAGCGAGUGCCUGGGCGACAUCGGGCUGAACAUAUGCGAGGCGCACGCCUUCAACACGCGCGACCACUACUCCCUGGACGUCUUCGUGGUGAACGGCUGGUUCGGCGGCGGCAGCGAGGAGUUUGAGGAGACUCUGAGUCAGCGCCUGCAGGAGCUGCCGCCCCCGCUGGUGGCUGGCGCCCGCGGCGGCGCCGCAGGCGCGCGGGAUGCCCCAGCGCAGCGCGGCGCGCAGGAGCACAGCAAGCCGCUGAGCCCGCUGUCGGAGCAGCGGGUGAACCCCGAGGACCUCCUGGGCCUGCAGCGGGAGGCAUCUGGCGCGGCCGCGGGCUCCUCCCUGGACAGCGACUGGGAGCUGGACCCCAGCGACGUCAUGUUCCAUGAGAAGAUCGCGUCCGGCGCGUUUGGCGACCUGUACCGCGGGUCGUACUGCGGGCAGGACGUGGCGAUCAAGAUCCUGCGCGCGGUGCAGGGCACUGCGGCCCAGUUCUCCGAAUUCCUGCAGGAGAUCGCCAUCAUGCGCAAGGUGCGCCACAAGAAUGUGGUCCAGUUCAUCGGCGCCUGCACCAAGAAGCCCAACCUGUGCAUUGUAUUCGAGUACAUGCAGCGCGGCUCGGUCUACGAAUACAUCCGCAAGACGGGCCCGCUGCGCGUAUCCCAGGUGCUCAAGUUUGCGCUGGAGGUGUGCCGCGGCAUGGACUACCUGCACAAGCGGCGCAUCGUGCACCGCGACCUGAAGGCCGCCAACCUGCUGCUGGACGAGACGGGGGUGGUGAAGAUCGCGGACUUUGGCGUGGCCCGCGUGCUGGACCACACGGGCGCCGCGGUGGGGGUGGUGCAGAAGGGCCUGCGCCCGCCGCUGCCGCUCAACUGCCCCCCCGCGCUGGCGGAGACCAUGCGCGCCUGCUGGGUGCGCGACCCCGCCGCGCGGCCCACCUUCGAGCAACUCAAGGCGCGCAUGGAGGAGCUGUACAACACGUACCGGAACCAGGACCGCCCCGAGGCGCUGCGCCCGGGCGCCGGCCAGCCGGCGGUGCCACGCCAGAAGUCGCAGCUGACAGGCGGGCUGCUGGCCCGGCUGCGCAGCAACUCCAACUCCUCCAAGUGA